AUGAUCACAGAAUGUGGCUUCAACCAAGUUUUUGCCCUAGGAUAUGGUAACAUCGCAUGCGCCACGACUGCCGGGAAAGUGGCCACAAUUAUUUAUUCGAUGUUUGGUAUUCCUAUCAUGCUAUUAAUUCUCAAUGAUCUCGGAUCCUUGCUACUUGUAUGGGUGAAGCUUAUUGCCAGCUACUCAAGCGAUUUCUUCCUUUUUCUUGGAGUUCGAACAGGAGUAGUAGGACUGAAGGAGGGUUCACAACAACGCGUCCGAUAUAUCUACAUGAGUAGAAAACUUGCCAACGUGGGGCUGUCGGAACAAGAGGAGAAUGGUGUUGUGGAGGAGCCAGCCCCCGAUCCUCCAGUCUUGUCGGCUCUUUGUGCUACCGUCGCAUGGAUCAUGUUGGCAGCGGCUGUGUUCUGCAUUUGGGAGGAAUGGACGUAUUUCACAAGCAUCUACUUCUUUUUCAUUUCUUGCAGCACGAUAGGCCUCGGCGAUGUGACACCAGCACAUCCGGAAUACAUGAUUGCAACGUUCGAGUGGUCGAUGUUGGCUCCUUUCGCUGGUAUCCGUCUGCAUAGACGUGGUAAAGGAAAAGCUCGAGCUCAUGUACAUGGCUCUGCUUAA